AUGCUUGGACUGCAGGAAGGAAGAGUAUAUAAUACCAAUGUGUCAAGAGGACUCGGCGACGAGUACCUAAAACUGCCAAACAAGCUACCUUCCUUGGAUAAUGUUUACACAUACUUCAGUUCGUUCCUAAACGCCUAUUCCUCAACGUCUCUGCAACAAGGCAAACUUAAAAGAACACUUUUGGAGAAUUUAAAAAACAAUAAUUACCUGUUGGAGUUGAAAUUGGAAGAUCUGUUCCAUUUUCAAAAUGUGAUGGACACAACUUCAGAAAGAGAGGAGGAAUCAAUUACAAAACAGCUGAGAGAAGCUAAUAAUGAAGAUGUCAACUCGAAUAAUAGAAAUUCGGAAAAAUUACCUCCAUUUUACGUCCACGAGUUGGCCAAGGUUUUGACACAAAGACCAUUGAUAUACCUUUCCACCAUAGAGAAGGUGUGCUAUGACGUGUGCAAGAUGAACAUGGACUACGAAGAUGAGAAGUUUAACUUUAUUCAAAUUAACCUGCUCAACAACUACGCGAGCCCUACGCCUAUCAGAUCAUUGUUGUCUGACAAGCAGGAAACUUUUGUGGUAGUUCCUGGGAUUAUAGUGCAGGCGAAUAGAACACAGCACAAGAUGAGGGUGUGUACAAUCCAGUGCCGUUACUGCGGACAUAAAAUGAUAAUUGAGGUUCCACUGUGGAUCUCAAGGCCCCAAAUACCCAAAACGUGCAGAUAUUCUUCAACAAUGAAGACCAUGGGAGAGAACAUACAUGUGGACCAACAGUUGGGAUGUCAUUCAGUACAGAAUCCAUAUGUGAUUAUUGUAAACGAGUGUCAAUUUGUGGACGUUCAGCUAUUGAAAAUGCAAGAACUAGCAGAAGAUGUGCCGACUGGUGAUAUGCCAAGACACUUGCAAUUGAAUGUGACUCGAUACUUGUGUGACAAGGUUAUUCCAGGUGACCGUAUAUAUGCGCACGGUGUGCUAACGUCAUAUAAUAAUAGCCCAAAUAGCCACACUGACAUAAACAGCUCGUAUUUGCAUGUUCUAGGGAUUCAAAAACUGAACGUAAACGAGACUUAUGAAUUUGACAUUGACGAGGGAAACGACCUUUUACUUCUGGCUUCGCAGCCUGACAUACACACAAAGAUCUUCAAUUCAAUAGCUCCUAGCAUCUACGGACUGGACGAUGUCAAGAAGGCUUGCGCUUGCGCUUUAUUUGGGGGGACAAGGAAAGAGGUUGGGAAUGGAGCCAAGAUUCGAGGUGAUAUUAACAUCUUGAUUCUCGGAGACCCUUCAAUUGCUAAAUCGCAAAUUCUCAAGUUCAUUGACUUCAUCGCUCCAAUCUCAAUUUACACCUCGGGAAAGGGAAGUAGCGCUGCGGGUUUAACAGCUGCUGUUGUUAGGGAUAGUAUGGGCGUGUUUUCAUUGGAGGGAGGAGCCAUGGUUCUGGCAGAUGGAGGUGUGGUUUGCAUAGACGAGUUUGACAAGAUGAGGCCAGACGAUGCUGUUGCCAUCCAUGAGGCCAUGGAGCAGCAGACGAUAUCAAUUUCAAAGGCUGGAAUCACGACAAUCCUGAACACGAGAUGCUCAGUGAUAGCAGCAGCAAAUCCAAACCUAGGUAAUUUCACAACUCAAAUUAAAUUAGAUAUUUCUAUUGAUUUAAAUUUUAAUUUUUUAAUUUUAAAUUUAAUUUUAGGAUCUUAUAAUAAUUAUCAAGAUAAUAAUGAACAACAUGACUUCAAGACAACGAUACUGUCAAGAUUUGACUUAAUUUUCAUGUUAAAAGAUAACGAGGAUAUAAACCACGAUAAAUUACUCUGUAAACACAUCCUAUCACUGCAUAAUAACCAGAAUAAGCAAAACGUGGUAGGCCCAAUAAGCAAUAACAAGCUGAGGAGAUUUAUCCAGUACAGCAAGCAAGUAGUCUCGCCAAUACUGUCAAAUGAGGCGAAAGAUAGCCUGAGGAACUUUUACGUCCAGAAACGUAAAGAAUACAGAGAAGAUAAGAGGUCCUCGACGAAAAAGAUACCAAUAACGCUGAGACAGCUAGAAUCAUUAGUAAGAGUAUCUGAGAGCCUUGCAAGGAUGGAACUGUCGCCAAUAGCCUCAGAAAAACACGUUCAAAUGGCAAUUCAGCUGUUCAUAGUCUCAACAGGAGAAGCAAUGAAGAGCACACUGAACGUGGAUAAUAUGUCAUUGGAUGAUCAGCACAAGAUUAAGUUGAGCGAGGAAUUGAUUUUAAAUAUAGUGAAAAAGGGCCAGAGGACGACAAGAAGGUUCAUAAUCAAGGAACUCCAAAAGCAGUACAUCAACAUGGUGUACAUUCAACAGUAA